GAAAGUUUGAGCAGCACCAUGGGGGACCCAGGACUCUCCAAGCUGCAGUUUGCCCCCUUCAGCAGUGCCCUGGAUGUUGGCUUCUGGCAUGAGCUGACACAGAAGAAACUGAAUGAGUAUCGGCUGGAUGAGGCCCCCAGGGACAUUAAGGGUUAUUACUACAAUGGUGAUUCUGCUGGCCUACCUGCUCGCUUAACUUUGGAGUACAGUGCUUUUGACACGUGUGCCCCCACCCCUGCACGUUGCUGUCCCGCCAUUGGAACCCUGCACAACACCAAUACACUUGAGGCUUUCAAGACUGCAGACAAGAAGCUCCUUCUGGAACAAGCAGCAGAUGAGGUCUGGGAGUCCAUAAAAUCAGGCUCUGCUCUCGAAAACCCUGUGCUCCUCAACAAGUUCCUGCUCUUGACCUUUGCAGAUCUAAAGAAGUACCACUUCUACUACUGGUUUUGCUAUCCCGCCCUCUGCCUUCCUGAGAGCAUACCUCUUAUUCGGGGACCAGUGGGUUUGGAUCAAAGGUUUUCACCAAAGCAGAUCCAAGCCCUUGAGCGUGCCUAUGAUGGUCUUUGUCAAACAGAAGGAGUCACAGCCCUACCAUACUUUUUAAUCAAGUAUGAUGACAACAUGGUGCUGGUUUCCUUGCUAAAACACUACAGUGAUUUCUUCCAAGGUCAAAGGACAAAGAUAACAGUUGGUGUUUAUGAUCCCUGUAACUUAGCCCAGUACCCUGGAUGGCCUUUGAGGAAUUUUUUGGUCCUAGCAGCCCACAGAUGGAGUGGCAGUUUCCAGUCUGUUGAAGUACUUUGCUUCCGCGACCGCACCAUGCAGGGGGCGAGAGAUGUGGCACACAGCAUCAUCUUCGAAGUGAAGCUUCCAGAAAUGGCAUUUAGCCCAGAUUGUCCUAAAGCAGUCGGCUGGGAAAAGAACCAGAAAGGAGGCAUGGGGCCAAGGAUGGUGAACCUCAGUGAAUGUAUGGACCCUAAAAGGCUGGCUGAGUCAUCGGUGGAUCUAAAUCUCAAGCUGAUGUGUUGGAGGUUGGUUCCCACCUUGGACUUGGACAAGGUGGUAUCUGUCAAGUGCCUACUGCUGGGAGCUGGUACCUUGGGGUGUAAUGUGGCGAGGACACUGAUGGGUUGGGGUGUCAGACAUAUCACAUUUGUGGACAAUGCCAAGAUUUCCUACUCCAAUCCCGUGAGGCAGCCUCUCUAUGAAUUUGAAGAUUGCUUAGGGGGUGGUAAGCCUAAGGCCCUGGCUGCAGCAGAUCGCCUACAGAAAAUAUUCCCAGGAGUGAAUGCUAGAGGAUUCAACAUGAGCAUCCCCAUGCCAGGACACCCAGUGAACUUCUCCACUGUCACCCUGGAGCAGGCCCGUCGGGAUGUGGAGCAGCUGGAGCAGCUCAUAGAAAGCCAUGAUGUCAUCUUCCUGUUGAUGGACACCAGGGAGAGCCGGUGGCUUCCUGCUGUCAUUGCUGCAAGCAAGAGGAAGCUGGUCAUCAACGCUGCCUUGGGCUUUGACACAUUUGUUGUCAUGAGACAUGGUCUAAAGAAACCCAAGCAGCAAGGAGCUGGAGACUUGUGUCCAAGCAGUCCGGUGGCAUCUGCUGACCUGGGUUCCUCACUUUUUGCCAACAUCCCUGGCUACAAACUUGGCUGUUACUUCUGCAAUGAUGUGGUGGCCCCAGGAGAUUCAACCAGAGACCGGACAUUGGACCAGCAGUGCACUGUGAGCCGACCAGGCCUGGCCAUGAUUGCAGGAGCUUUGGCCGUGGAACUGAUGGUUUCUGUCCUGCAGCAUCCAGAAGGGGGCUAUGCCAUUGCUAGUAGCAGUGACGACCGCAUGAACGAGCCUCCUACCUCUCUGGGGCUUGUGCCUCACCAGAUCCGGGGAUUUCUGUCACGGUUUGAUAAUGUGCUUCCUGUCAGCCUGGCAUUUGACAAAUGUACUGCUUGCUCAUCCAAAGUUCUUGAUCAAUAUGAACGGGAAGGAUUUAAUUUCCUUGAGAAGGUGUUCAAUUCCUCACAUUCCUUCUUAGAAGACUUGACUGGUCUUACACUGCUACAUCAGGAGACCCAAGCAGCCGAGCACAUGAACAGACCUGACAAGUGCGGCACUCCUGUCUCACCACUACCGAGGAGAUGUGCGACAUUCCUGUCAGUCACCCCAGCAGUCCCUCUGCGCUGCUUCCCCUUCGAGAUCCUCAUCCUCAACCCAGGCAGCAGCUAA